UCUCGUCCCCGCCGUGACGUCAGCGCGCUCUGCGUCACGUCCGGCGGCGCACCCGGAAGUGGCGUGGGGCCGGUUGCCAUGGGGCGGCCCGGGAGGAGCAGGGCAGGGAUGGCCCAGGGCAGCUCGGGUGUUCCUGGUCCCUCCGAGGUCACCGGCUGAGGCUGCACAGCUCCUGCUGCUGCCCCAUCCCAAAAUGGGCAGGAUCAGCAUCUCCUGCCUGCUCCCGGCCUCGUGGCACUUCAGCCUCUCUCCCGUGGGCUGUCCCCGCGUCCUGAACGCGUCCCUGCGGCAGCUGCUGCUCCUGGCGGCGGCCGCGGCUGCGGCGGCGCUGCUGCUCUGCUCGCUGCUGCUGCUGCGGGGCAGGCACCGCCAGGGGAGAUUCCAGAGGUACCUGGCCAGGGUGACAGACACAGAGGCCACGGACACCGGGAACCCCAACCUGAGCUACGGCAUCGUGGUGGACUGCGGCAGCAGCGGCUCCCGCGUCUUUGUCUACUGCUGGCCCCGGCACAACGGCAACCCCAAGGACCUGCUGGACAUCCAGCAGAUGAGGGACAGCUCCAGGAAACCCGUGGUGAUGAAAAUCAAACCAGGGAUCUCGGAGUUUGCCAGCUCUCCCGAGCAGGUCAGCGAUUACAUCGCGCCCCUGCUCAGCUUCGCCGCCCGGCACGUGCCGCGCUCCAAGCACCGCGAGACGCCGCUCUACAUCCUGUGCACGGCGGGCAUGAGGAUCCUGCCCCAGAGCCAGCAGAAAGCCAUCCUGGAGGAUCUGCUCACGGACAUCCCUGUGCACUUCGAUUUCCUCUUCUCUGACUCCCACGCUGAGGUGAUUUCUGGGAAGCAGGAAGGAGUCUACGCCUGGAUCGGGAUCAACUUCGUCCUUGGGAGGUUCGAGCACACGGACGAUGAGGAUGAGGCCGUGGUGGAGGUGCAGGUCCCUGGCAGCGAGCACCACGAUCCCGUGUUCCGCAAGAGAACCGUGGGGAUCCUGGACAUGGGCGGGGUCUCCACGCAGAUCGCCUACGAGGUGCCCCCAAGUGAGGAGGUGGCCAAGAGCCUGCUGGCCGAGGUGAACCUGGGCUGCGACGCGCACCAGACGGAGCACGUGUACCGCCUGUACGUGGCCACCUUCCUGGGCUUCGGCGGCAACGCCGCGCGCAGGAGGUACGAGGAGAGCCUCCUGUCCAGCAGGAACAGCCGGGCCUUGCUGAGCCGGGCCUUGCUGAUCUCGCACAGGCAGGCCGGGCUCAGCCCGCAGGCCCCUCUCCCGGACCCGUGCCUGCCGCGGGACGCUCCGGACGAGCUGCGGCUCCGGGGGCUGCGGCUGCACCUGCGCGGCACCGGCGACUUCCAGCUGUGCCGGGAGCGGCUGCGGCCGCUGCUGAACCGAACCAACGGCACCGGCAGCUCCCUGAACGGCGUGCGGCAGCCGCCCCUGCAGCUGCAGAGCAGCGAGUUCUACGGCUUCUCCGAGUUCUACUACUGCACCGAGGACGUGCUGCGCAUGGGCGGCGACUACAGCGCCGCCAGGAUUACUGUGCCACGCGCUGGUCGGUGCUGCGGGAACGCUUCGAGCGCGGCCUCUACGCGCCCCACGCCGACCUGCACCGGCUCAAGUUCCAGUGCUUUAAGUCCGCCUGGAUGUUCGAGGUUUUCCACCGGGGCUUUUCCUUCCCGGAGAGCUACGGCAGCCUGCGGACGGCGCUGCAGGUCUACGACAAGGAGGUGCAGUGGACGCUGGGGGCCAUCCUGUACCGCACCCGCUUCCUGCCCCUCAGGGACAUCCAGCAGGAGAAUUUCCGUGGGAUUCACUCUCGCUGGAGGAGCUUCUCCUUCGUCUACAAUCCCUUGCUGUUCCUGGCCUGCUUCCUGGUGGUGCUGCUCUCCAUCCUGCUGUACCUGCUGCGCCUGCGCCGCUUCCACCGCCCGCCCGCCGCCCCCUCCCCUCCCCUGUGGCUGCAGGAGGGGCUCCCCCCCCAGAAACCCCCCAAAAUCCCGGCCUAGGGCUCCCAGCUGCAGGAUCCAUCCUCACACUCACACAGAAAAAAGCCAUUUUUGCCUCAGGGUUCCUCCUUUUUUUGCCCCCUUUUUUUGGAGUUGGGAAUUCCAGGGGAAUGGGGUGGUGAGGGAAAAAUGCCAAAAAUAAAAAAUGAGUUUUUGCUGGGAAUGUUGCACUUGGGGGUGGGCAGGAGAGAAGGAGUUGAGUUCCCACCUUUGGGAGAGGCUGGAAUCCCAGAAUGAGGAAAAAUUCCAAAAAUAAAAAAUGAGUUUUUGUUGGGAAUGUUGCACUUGGGGGUGGGCAGGAGAGGAGGAGUUGAGUUCCCACCUUUGGGAGAGGCUGGAAUCCCAGAAUGAGCUUGGGUUUUCCUUUGCUGGAUUCCAUCCCUGCCCUCGCUUUGGAGUCUCAAAAGUUCCAAAAGCAGGAAAAAAAAUUAAAAAAAAACCCUUUUGGGAUAUUUUCUGUGAUUUUCCCUUCUGGGAUGGAGAAGGAAAAUCCCUCACACCCAACGCUGUGCUUCCAUCACAAACUGCUUCCAUCACUCCUGCUCCCUCCUGUUUCUCCUUGGAAAAGGGAAAGGAUUUCUCCUUUUCACCCUCCCAGUCGCUGCUUCUGAUCCCAAAUUUCUGUUCCAUCACCCUGGAGAGACCUCCCAGAAGCUCCAGGAAUGUGCAGAGAACUGGAAAAGCAGAGGAGAACCUGCCCAGGGUCUUUCCAAGUCCUCUGGUAAUUUAUAUUUUAUUUAAAACUUGUUGGUUUUACUUGAAAGUCGAAUUGUCCAUGAUUAAAGGUGGGAUUUCUAUGAA